AUGAAUACGAAAAAGCUCCGCGACUCGCGAAGCGAGCGUUUUGAUGAGAUUCGCAGACGACCGCCACACCGACCCAGGAAACGCGGAACCUCUUGCGCGGGCCGUUGCGUCUGUGUUUUGAAGCGCAUGGCCCCGAUAAGACGGCCGGGCCGGUGCGCGAGGGUACGAACACGGCGCGCCCCAUAG